GUAUGUGUGUGCGUGUGCGUGUGUGUCGGGGUGGGGUAUGGCACACGGCUUCCUCUGGUGUCACUGUAAAUCCGCAGCGGAGGGUUGACAGCUUGUUGCUUUCUUUUUAGAGGUAAGAGUGUGACUGGACUAGAGAUGGCUCUGCUAAUGGAGCACCAGUUCAGACAGCUGCCAGCUGACAGACAGGUGGAAACAAGACCGUUUCUGGAGGCUGUGUCAUACCUUCCACCGUUUUUUGACUGCCUCGGCUUACAUUUUGCACCAAUAAAGGCAGAUAUAUCUGGUAACAUCACAAAAAUCAAGGGGUUUUCGUACCACCCCCGUCGGUUUUACCCACCUGUGCGCUUUUUGUCGACCAGGGGCCUACGAUUUAUUCAAGUGUUCCUACAGAGCCUAGCGGAUGGUGAAAAGGAUGAUAGCAACCCAAACCUCAUUCGAGUCAAUGUCACCAAGGCCUAUGAAAUAGCCCUGAAAAGAUAUCAUGGCUGGUUCGUGCAACAGCUCUUCAAGGCAGCUCUUUUCGCUGCUCCAUAUAAGACAGAUUUCUUGAAGGCCCUCUCCAAGGGUCGGGAUGUCAAGGAAGAGGAAUGCUUGGAAAAAAUCAGAAAAUUUCUCAUCAACUUUACUCCCACUGUUGAUGCUAUUUAUGAGAUGUACAAUAAGCUGCAUGCUGAGCUUGAUUAUACAGUGUGACUGCAAGAAGUUCCUCUUUCCUCCACUGAUUCACUUACAAAGCACAAAGUCAUUUACAUUCUGCACUCUACAUUUUGACAUGGUUCCCUUCAGGUCAUCUUACAGCUCACUGUGGGAGUGUAUUUAUAAUACUCUGUCGUUACACAUCAAGUAUUUGUGUCAUCUGCGUGCCUGUUCUGGCUUUCUCAUUACGCCUUUUCCUCACUGUUCUUUGACUCUGAGGCAAGUUUCCCAAAGCAGCUGCAGAUUUACACUCAAUAAUUCUUUGUUCUCUAUUUUAAGAGUCAUAGGUCAUGAAAACUAUGAUCAUGAUAUCAGUACAGAUUUUUACAUGCAAUCAUGAGAUAAUUAUACCAAGAAUGAAAAAUGCUACUCAAGAUAUGUUUUGGAAUUAGGACUGUUCCAAAACUUAAAAAGCUUUAAGUAAGUGAGUAAGGUGUCCGAUGUUGAGAGAUUGAAUGAGCCACAUCACUAUUAACACUGAAUAUAAUACCAAAAUGUUACCUUUGCUGUAAUCAUUCGUACCUUUUAUAGUGAUUUUAAAUUUCUUAAAUUUGAAAUGUUAUUGUGAUAUAUCCCGAGAUAAGAUAAGGGCUGCAUUUACUUUUAAUUAUACAAAAAACUGAAAAAUGACCAAACAAGAAUUUGAAAUGUGAUGAGGCUGUGGCUUAUAGUAAACUUAUCAAAUUCCAAAGCACAUCAUUUACAUGAUUUACAGACAAAAAAAGUCACAUGUUUUCAUCAUACACGUGUGUAGUUUAGUUUUUAUCGAACGGUUUUCCUUCUUAGGUAUUAAAUUAAAGAUCAUUUAAUUAAUUAAACUAAGUAAUUUAUUAAAAGUUAUUAAAAAAAACAUACAAAACACGUGAAUAGAAUAUUUUACCGGCGUCAUAUUUCAAAAUCUCCCGGAAUACAAGAGCCAUACACAGUUCUAUAUGGCUUCUAAUAUUAAACACCUGUUUAAGAUGGAGCUACACAGCAUUUCAGUAACCAUGUCAGCUUCAUGCCUUCCGUCCUUUAUCUUUUUUAUACAUGUCACUUUGUACAAACAAAGCAGUCUAAUUAGUUCAAAUAAUUACUGAAGGUGUGGUCUACCUCUUUUAUACUUCCAUGCUAUGCAGGACUUCUAAUGUUCCAAAGCAAUGCUUCAUCAGCACUACAUGCUUCUCUGUCCACUCUGCUCUCAGGUGUUUACAUAAAACUCAAUGUGGAUUUUCUUUAAACCUCUUUGUUGAGGGGAUAUCAAGAGUUGCAUUAUGACUUUUUGCCUUUUACACGGUUUUUAGAUCAAAUUUCAGAUGUUUGACGAAGCUAGAUUAAAUGUCAAUAGUAAUAAUUUGUCUGCAUCUCCACCUUUAAAUAAAGGUUAUUUUGGUGGCCUUUGGUUAGUCAGUACUGUUUUGAGUGUGCUGAAAUGCUUGUCCGAUGUGUCUCUGAAAUAACGUUGCCGUGCGUGUAUAGUGUAAAAUAACAAAUCUUGUAUUUUCAAUUUAUGUAAACCAUAAUUUGCAAUAAAAAUUGUGCUAUAA